UGAUGGAAUUUGAGCCCGCACUUGCAGCACCUAGCUGAAAGGAUCCGGUCCGCGAUCCGAGAGAGCGAUAAUGUGUCUUUACCGUUCACACGGGAAUCGUUAUCUAACCGAUUAACCGCACAAGAGAGAAUUCAGGAAUAAUGAAGCUGUAACGCGAAUUUGGGAUAAAAACUUAUACCAACUGCUUUGGAAGUAGGCCAAGUGGAUGCAGAACCAGAAGUUAUCUGCCAGGACCUAAUGACUGCAUAUGUCAACAGGUACUUUUGGAUGAGGAACGCCCCUGUGUAGCAUCGAUAACAGGUUAUGCCAUUGACGCGAGAAGAAUUUCAGACCAGGUGGUUGACACAACGUAUCUAUUGACAGGCGCAAUAUUACGCAUCUCCCUCAGUUCCGCAGAUUAAGUUUCACAGGUUAGGAAUCCCCAAAGUUAGCCCCUGUGCGUUGAUAUCAUUGGCGCGGAAGUGCAGUUGGGACCACGCACACAGGUCCCAAUACGUUGUGGAGUACCUGUGUCACGCAAACGCUUUAGUGGGGUUUUGGCAGAGCCGGAGAAUACGUGCCUGGUACAACAGCCGUGAUGUCUCAUCAAACUGGUAUCCACGCUACACCUGAGCUGAGGGACUUCUUGGCCAAAGCCAGAGGGGGAGUAAUAAGGAUCAUCAAAAUUGUCAUUAGGAACGAGCAGCUGGUGCUGGGGGCAUACAGUGAGCCGUCUCAGAGCUGGGACCGCGACUAUGACCACUUCCUGCUGCCACUGCUGGACGCCCAGGAGCCCUGCUACAUCCUGUACCGGCUGGACUCUCAGAAUGCACAAGGCUAUGAGUGGCUCUUCAUCUCCUGGUCGCCUGACCACUGCCCUGUGAGGCUGAAAAUGGUGUAUGCUGCCACAAGGGCCACUUUGAAGAAGGAGUUUGGUGGAGGUCAUGUGAAAGAUGAAAUGUUUGGCACAGUUCAGGAGGAUGUGUGCUUCCAGGGGUACCUCAGACACAUGGCGUCCUGCUCCUCACCAGCCCCUCUGACCUCUGCCGAACAGGAGCUGCACCGAAUCAAACUCACAGAGGACAAGGUGGUGCGAGAUGAGCGCCGACGGCUACCCACUCCAAUAGGACGACCCAAGGUAAUGACAGAGAUCUGUGUUGGGAACAAGCUCCAAGGUCUAGCCUUCCCUCUCCAGGAGGAGGCCAAACGGGCUUUUGUGCAGCUUAAACACAAGCUCAUCAAUUACAUUCAGCUGAGAGUGGAUGUCGAGAAGGAGACCAUUGAACUAGUCCACACAAACCCCACAGAGACACGUGAUCUGCCAUUCCGCAUCCCCGCAAAUGCCCCCCGCUAUCACCUCUUCCUGUACAAACACUCCCAUCAGGGACAGCUUCUGGAGUCUCUGGUGUUCAUAUACUCUAUGCCAGGCCAUAACUGCAGCAUUAAGGAGAGGAUGCUGUAUUCCAGUUGUCUAAACCGACUUUUAGAUGAGGUGGAGCGAGACUACCAUCUUGAGGUCGCCAAAAAGGUGGAGAUUGACAGUGGCGAAGGGCUGACAGAGGAGUUCUUAUAUGAAGAGGUGCACCCCAAGUCGAAUUCCGUGAAGCAGACUUUCGCCAAGCCCCGUGGACCCCCUGGCAAGAGGGGCAACAAACGCCUCAUCAAGGGGGGAGGAGAGAACGGGGAGGAGAGCUAAACCAGCACCCUAACAACAAUGUCUGCCUCUGCUCUGCUUAUUUCUUCCUAGGCUUACGCUAUUAGCUGGCUUUAUCCUCUGCCUGAGCCAAGUUGCCUUCAUCUUCUCCCUUUUUUGUCUUAUUUUGCUGUAGUGUGGUGACCUCACCCAUCCUUCAUUCUAUUUCCACCCAUACUCCUCUGUUCUUAAUCCAAGAGCACAGUGAAGACAGGGAGUUAAUGCUGAUUAAUCAGUUAAUAAGAAUGCUACAUAUUUUUCACAUAUAAAAUGAACGAUCAUCACCAAAUAAAAUAUUUUUUCUUGUACAUUUAGGCCUAACCAGCA